AUGAUACGAAAUAUAUUGCCACCAGCCCGGCUGUGCUACUCAACAAUCACGGCAAACGCUACCGCUACACUCAGCAACAAGCUGCAACCGAAACUGGACGAAUUUCGUACCACCGAGCAAAGCGUGGCAAACCACAGCCGUACAACGAUUGGCCGGUUUUACACCAUCCCGGUGGAUGUGCGGAAAAAGGUCUUCGGUCACGGUGGGCUGCCGAAAAGCUUCGAAAAGCAGGUCAAAACAUUUAACGAAUGCUCGUUAAUGGUGCGCCAGCCGGCAGUGGAGAUCAUUGAGUACAUUAAGCGGACCGACUUUAACCGGCCUGUAAAUCGGUUCGUACUCUACGGCGAGGACGGUGCCGGCAAAUCGCUCGCCUUAGCCCAUCUGCUGCAUUACGGAUAUCAACAGCAGUACGUACUGAUACACGUGCCCUGGGUACCGAACUGGAUGAAGCGCGCGAAAGAGAUAGCCAAUUCAACCACCAAGGAAGGUUCGAUCGAUUUACCGCUGGACGGUGCGGCCUGGUUGGUGCACUUCAAAAGCCAGAAUGGCCCUCUGCUGAAGGAGCUCGGGCUUACCGUAAGCCGCGAUUACGUGUGGACAAAGCGUGAAAUCACACCCACCGGUGCACCGCUGCUGGAUCUCGUCGAGCACGGCAUUAAUCGGGCGAAAUUCGCCUGCGACGCUAUCGCUGCCCUGCUGCACGAGCUAAAGCAACACUCGUCUGCCGGGCGCGCCCGCACGAUGGUGCUUAUCGAUGGGUUUAAUGCAUUCUUUCAGCCGCACACCCGGCUGCUGACCGAGAGCAAGGCACGCGUGAAGCCGGACCAAAUCACGCUAACGGACCCAUUCCUUAGCAUCACGCGCAACGACUGGCGUAAUGGUGUGUGCGUGCUAACUAUCGAUCAAAUGGUGGCCGAGUUUAAGGAUAAAUCGAAGCCGCACCACAACGCAUCGGAUGCAGUGGACGCAUCUCAACCACCCGUAUCUGUGAUCGAUUCGCGCGAGUGUUUCGAGCAUCUGGACCCGUUUGUACCGGUGCACGUGGUCGGGUACGAUGAGGCGGAAUAUUACAGCUGCAUCCAGUACUAUCUCGACCGCAAAUGGAUACAAACGACCGAGGCCGGCUUCGACGAUGAGCUGAAAAUGUUAAGCUGCCAGAAUCCGUACCAGCUGAUGCAGCUAUGUGCAUCGUUGUAGGGUGGGUAAU